AAAUCCAGGAUUUCGGAAGCGCGAGGAGGGCGGGGAGCGAGGCAAAAAGUUAAAAGAGGGCAGGUAACUGCUGGCAAACAGAGAUGCCAGAGAGGCGGUACUGAAAGGUCGCUGUGACCUUUGGAGCCUAUAACUCUGAUAAGCGUGAGUGACAGGCGCGAAGCUGUUCAUUCCAAGGACGGCCUUACCUCUGCUACAGUAGGUUUCUCACAGAUAUGCCUUUUUACGAACUGCUACUUAGUUACUAAGGUCUACUGCAGGCUGUUAUAAACGAAGCUGAGAAAGGAUAUGCUCAUUUUAGUCGGGUUAUAUACUGGUCAAAGGUUAUAUGCUGCACCGUUUGCCAGUGUGGCUCAAGUCAAAGUUGUUGCUCGCAGCAGGUGCUAUAGCAGGACGGGAUUAUUUCAGAUAAAAUGAAAGGAUUCUUCUGGAACAUGCAGCUCCUGCUGCUUGCUAUAGUGCAGCUUUGGCUGUGCUUCCCUCCGGGUGCCAGGGGUGGGAAGGUUCUGGUCUUCCCAUUGGAUGGAAGCCACUGGGUCAACAUGAAAAUCCUUAUCGAGGAGCUACAUUCAAGGGGCCACAAUGUAACUGUGAUACGUGCCUCCAGCAGCUGGUACCUGAAUGAAACAUCCCCUCACUACACCCCAGUUGUAAUCCCGGACACAGUUGUGUUUGACGAGAGCUUUUUUGACCAGUAUUUGUCCAGGUUACUUCAGCUCCGAAGGGAGGGUGCAUAUAUCUGGACACGUCUGAAGCUGGAGAUGGAUCUAUAUUUUAAGUUACACAGCCACAUGUCUGACUUGAUUGUUAAAAUGUUUGAAGACCAUAAGUUAAUACAGUCUCUGCGGGAAGCUAAAUAUGACCUGGUUCUCACAGACCCUGCUGUUGGUGGAGGGGUGAUGUUGGCACACCACCUAGGCCUCCCCCUUGUCUUCAACGUAAGAUGGACCGCCCAAGGAGAAGCUCAUUUUAUUCUUGCCCCAUCACCACUCUCCUAUUGUCCUUUUCCUGGAGCAGAGUUGACUGACAAAAUGAAUUUUUUCCAGAGAGUCCAAAACUUAUUCGCUUCCCUCUUUGGACAUUUCCAAAUUGAAUUGAUUACAAGAGCUUCUUAUACAUCUGUGUGCCGUCGUUACUUUGGCCCGGAGGUGGACUUCUUGUCACUGUUUCAAGCGGCUGACAUAUGGCUAAUGAGGAAUGAUUUUGUCUUUGAAUUUCCUCGCCCAACUAUGCCCAACAUUGUCUACAUUGCAGGGUUUCAGUGCAAGCCCUCCAAGCCCCUUCCUCAAGACCUAGAGGACUUUGUUUCAAGUUCUGGGGAACACGGCAUCAUUAUUAUGUCCUUAGGUACGCUAAUCGGCCAACUUCCACGCGACGUCACUGACGAGAUGGCUGCAGCAUUUUCCAUGUUGCCCCAAAAAGUCAUCUGGAGGCACAUAGGAGAAAAACCAGCUAAUCUGGGUAACAACACACUACUAGUCGACUGGAUGCCACAGAAUGACCUCUUGGGCCAUCCUAAGACCAGGGCCUUUGUGACACAUGGGGGGACCAACGGUCUGCAGGAAGCCAUCUAUCAUGGUGUUCCGCUUGUCGGCUUCCCUCUCGUCUUUGAUCAGCCUGACAACCUGUCCAGGAUGAAGGCAAAGGGCGUGGCAAAGCUUGUGGACAUCACCACCAUAGACAGAAAGAUCUUCCUGGAGGCCACAAAGGAGGUGCUCAAUGACCCAUCCUACAGAACUAACAUGCAGAAGCUCUCCAUGCUUCACCACGACCAACCAAUGAAACCACUGGACCGGGCAAUAUUCUGGAUCGAGUUUGUCAUGAGGCACAAAGGUGCUUCUCACCUGCGAACGGAGUCAUACAAGAUGCCUUGGUACGUUUAUUACUCUGUGGAUGUAAUGCUGGUGUUACUGGCUGCCCUAGUAAUUAUCUUACUAUGCAUUUUUGCUUUUAUCAAGUUUGUGUGUUACAGACUGUGGUGCAGAAAAAAAGUAAAGAGUGAAUAAAUUGCUAAAACACUCUUGUAAAAUAUGAAGCAGCAACUUGUAUAACCGGUGAUUCUUGACAAAAUGGAAUGUAAGAUUAAUGGCAAAGGCAUUAAACAAUUUAUGUUUAGCUGUUGCAAUAGACAGAGUGUACGCGAGCUCACGGUGAUCGUUUGCAAAUCAUGCUAUAACCGUAAUAAACAAAUAAAAGCAUUUCAGGUGUGUUUUCACAAUCACAA